AAGAGUUGGAUGGGCUAAACACUCUUCUUGAUCCAUAUUUAUUUCUUAUUGCAGUGGUUUCCAGUAGUGGUGACGUGAUUAGUCAGCAAUAUUUCAUUUGCGCUCCCUUCAGUCCUGCUCACGGGGCCCCGCCCUCACUGAGUUGUUGUAACAGAACUGCAAGUUUAGAAAAUCUCUCCGAAAAUCCUGCCACAGUUUAUGAAGCUCAGCCCAGUUUCUUUUUGGGUUACGCUGGAGUCACUUAUUGGCUCGGGUCACAUAACCCCGUCUUGGUUGAGUUCAAAUGCUUCACUUCUUUUUGUACAUGUUACACGAAAUACAUGACAUUUAUACUUGUCCAAAUUUUAAUUUCCACCAAGAUCAGGCUGCAGCAUCUCAGCGUUUCACGCCACUCACUCCAGUUUCUAAGUAACUCAGUAAGAAAAGGAGCCUGUUUUGUUGUCUGAUGGCAGACCGGUGGAAAGUCAAAUUAUCAGUCAAUUCUUUCCUGAUAAAUUUAAUCUUUAUAACACUCGAUGUGUGUGUGUUAGCUGUGUGAUGACAUCCACACCACACGUCCCGUGACCACGAAAAUAAAUAGGCAGGUGUGAUGAAAUUGCAUUGGUGGGAAACAGUUAGGGUUUUGGGUUUAUUUCCUGUCAUUUCCUGAUUCAAGAGAGGACCGAACUGAAGCGAUGGCACUGUAGCCGUGACCUGAUCAGCUGUAGUGCGGCCUGUCGGGCUCUUUAUUCAUCACAAAAGAUCACAGAGCUCAAAAGAAGAUGGAUAUGAAAAAUGUAUCUAUCUAUUUAAAUCCCAAAAAAAACGUUAGAUAACACCACGCAGACUUUGUUAAAAUGUGGAAAACUUUUUCAAUUCUUAAUUUAACCUCAAAUGUAGAUUGUUGAUGUUAGAGAUCUCAGUUCAACAGUGAUCUCUAGCUUUCGGGAUGGGACCACUCUAUUAAAAUCAGGGGAAUUUGUGUUUUUGGGCAGAAACAGAAACAUAUUUCCAAAAAAAAUAGGACCAUGCCUUUUAAAAUUAUUUUAUUUUAAACUUUGCGUUUUUGUAGGAUAUAGUAUGAAAUGGACUUGUUGUCAGAAUACAGUAGGUCGUCCCCCUUUGACUCCUGAAGUAUUUGCAGCUGCAGAUUCUCACUCUAAUAGCAGUACUACACUAUGCCUUCAUUAAAACUAGACUAAAUUAUAAAUGCAUUUUUUAACAACAAGGGACAUGAUGAUUAUUCUCCCACUAAUCACGCCAUCCAUCUCAAAGGGCCAACAAUAGCAGGACUCAGUCAGAGCAGUAAUCUGUUCACGACAAGACAAGAGACGCAGUCAGUGUGUGGGCUCAGCUGGCACAAAGACAACACAAUGUAACGCAGUUUACCCGGAUACCAGCCAUAUAAGCAGGCCGGGAUCCUCUCACCUCACCGGAGAGUCCAUGUAUGGAGAAAGUGUGACCGGAAUUCCGAAUGAUGGAGCUUUUUUUUUUGUUCCUCUUUUACACGAGACCGAGGGCACGUGCUGAUGUGUGUGAUAAAUGUUCAAAUGAAAUCCCCAAAUUCAGAUUCAGCCGCGAGUUUUACGUGGAUUUAGUUAAACCCGAACACGUAAUUUUUAAUUGUUUCCACGUUUCGUCACUGCGAGCUCCACCAAUCCUAUUUCUGGAGUUCCCUGUUUUAAAACAAACAAACAAAAAAAAAAAACAACAACACAAGUCCAUAUUUGGCAAAUGACGUAACGGGACACCCAGAGAUCCCCUUUAUAACCUUACUGCACCAUCCAGGAGCUAUUUACAAGAGAUGAGAGGCGGAACAGACGCAGUGAGGGGAAAUGCUCCUAAUGUUCGAGUCCGCUGGGCAGAAAACUGGAGAAAGUGACUUGAACAUCUAAUUAGUUGAAAUCGCCUAAUCUCCACCUCAGAGAAAGAAUGACUGAAGUAGCUGAUGAAGUUUCCGUGUCUCUCAGCAGUAUUGUAGAUAGCAUUCCUAAAGAUGUGUACACAGCGGAGGGGGGGUUGUCUUCACAGACGUCGAUUGUUUUUAAAGAGGAGGCUGAAGAACAUGAAGGGAAACCUGAUGAGAAUGAAAGCGGUGAUCUUCUGUUCGAGGAGAAAAGCGCACCUGGUCUGCUUCUCCACGGCGACUUGGCGCAGUACGUGGCAGCAUUACGCACGAACCCCGUGGCGUUUACCGGCAAGUUCUCGGUGGACUCCAGAGGCGCAGGAGGACCGUGGACACCGGAGGACGUCAUCAACGUGGUCAGCGCUGACAUCGCCACCCCGGGACCUGUCACGGUGUCUGCAUCGCCUUCAACAUCACCCGAUAUUUACGCAGGAGGAGGAGACGCAGCGGACGCGGGGGACGGUACCAUGGCGCACGGUCAGCCGGACAUCGGUCACAUGUACGCGCCCCCUCACCCUCACCCUCACCCUUCCUACUCCUGCAGCGGGGAUAUGUACCAAGACCAGUCGGCAGGGGGGUACCUGGCGACGUCCACCUGUGCCGUGUCCUACCACCCGCCCCCGUCCUACAACUCUGUGCCCAAACCGACUGUAGACAGCGCCGCGCUGCUGUCCAUCAUGCCUGAGUACGGAGGCUUCUACCAGCAGAGCUGCCAGAGAGAUAUCCAGACGGCUUUCCCGGAGAGGAAAUCCCUCCCGUAUCCGCUAGACUCCCUCAGGGUGCCUCCGCCUCUCACGCCUCUCAACACCAUCAGGAACUUUACGCUCGGUGCUCCCUCGCCGGUCGCGGAGGGUCCGAUGGCCGCCGCUUUCCCCAGCCACCAGAACCUCCCUCUCAGACCGAUCUUGAGACCCAGGAAGUACCCGAACCGUCCGAGCAAGACGCCCGUCCACCAGAGACCGUACCCGUGCCCGGCGGAGAGCUGCGACCGCAGGUUCUCCCGGUCGGACGAGCUGAGCCGGCACCUGCGCAUCCACACCGGCCACAAACCCUUCCAGUGCCGCAUCUGCAUGCGGAACUUCAGCCGCAGCGACCACCUCACCACCCACAUCCGCACGCACACCGGGGAGAAACCCUUCUCCUGCGACCAGUGCGGGAGAAAGUUCGCCCGGAGUGACGAGAGGAGGAGGCACAUGAAGAUUCACCUCCGGCAGAAGGAGAAAAAGUCCUCCGCGUCCUAAUCCUCACCGCGCACGGCCCGAUGCUGCUGAAUGUAAACUUUCUUUAUUUGAACAUGAACUGGACCAGCUCCUGCCACAGCCCGCCUGCAGAGCCCAAACCUGAUCUUAGUUAGUUUAUAUCGCUCUCACAACACAUGAAAGAAUCUGUUUGGAAGCCAUAUCUUUAAAAAUCAGAACCAGAGUUCCCAAUGAUGUGUUUGGUCAUACCUUCAUUAUUGAUCACAUUAACUACAACAUCAUUCCUCUGUCAUCAGUCAGUGGUCCAGAUUACUAACGCAGAUGUAUAUGUAUAUAUGUACACAAACAAAGCUGGACAUUUUGGCAUUAAAUUAUAUGAAAUGUAAAGGUAGUUUGGCACUGAAUAUACUGUAAAGCCAAUAACAGUUGGUGUCAGUGUGCCAAUGCUCUUUAAAACACAAGAGUGUGUGCCACAAUGUGCCCAGCUGCUACAGCUUGCUUUAGUGCUCUGUGGCAAGGCAUUGUGUCUGCUGUCUAUGCUCCAUCUUCUCAGGGAUUCGAUCACAAUUCAGGCUGCAAAGACCAAAAUCCUGCAAGUCAGCGGAGUCUGAGCGAUGCAGGAGGGUUUACUGCUGCUGCACUGCCUCUAGCUGUGGGUGGUUUGGUUUCAAUUGCAGUUAAAUGCACAAAACCUGUUACUUUCAGAAACCUACAAUAAGCCACAGUGCUAUCAGACGGGACUUUUGGAUCCUCACUUAACUUUUGUGCACCAGUUUUCCCCCCCAAACACACAGAGAGAUACAAUUUCAUUUGAGCAACCUAUUCCCAAAAUCUAAAUCAGUAUAGUUUCACUUGAAAACUAAAAUAAUGGCACAAGAUGGUUGGCUGGUUGGUUUUGUAGUGAGAAAAAUAUAAUUUGAUUCAUCCCAUCUCUGAUCAUCAGUCUAAAGUCUAAUUUAAAUACAUCAUCGAUGUUCGACACCAUUACCUAGCUGAAAAUCUGUUAAAGUUAAAAGACGUCUUGCAGGGUUUACACGAGACAGAGACACACAGUCAGUAUUUUGUAUUGUUGUGAUGAAACAGGCUAAAUGUCACUAAUGAUGCUUUUCUGUGCAAAUGGCUGUUUUUACACUGUAGGCACUAAAACACGUCACCCUGCAACAUUUUGAAAGGUUGAAAUAAACAUAAAAACAGGCGCCAAACAGUAAUUACAUUCACCACAAUGUAAAAAACGCAUGUCGGAGUAAUUAAAGAAGGGAGCGGUAUCAAUUUGAUACCCGUGUGAUGUCAGAGCACACCCAAGAGAUACUGUGACAUCACAAAUCGGGGCGGGGCUAAGGUGGGGAACUGAACAUUUUAUUGGCUAGAUGCAGCAAAAUGAAGCUUUUUUUAACCUGGUUUUUGUAUCGUAUUAGAAAUGUUGAAAUGAUUAAUAUGUUUCAUUUAUGCACCUGAUGAAGAGCUGAUGUUGGUUUACUCAUUAUCACCUGCAGCACCUGUGACUUGGCUGGGAUGUUAUGAGAUUGCUUUCAGGUGUGUGCACCUACCUGAUACUUGUAAAGAUCCAACCAGCAUUUCUACCUGAUGAAUGUGAGCUAAAGAGAGAACGAGUCACUGGACAAAUAAAAGUUCUGUUUUUGUGUUUUAUAAUUUUUAUGCAAACGAGUCGAGCACUAAAGCUUUUAUUCUGCUGGACUGAUGCUUCCUGUCGAUGCAAAUAAAUGUUGACUUGUC